UUUGGCUCCGUGAAGUUUCAGUGACGGGGGCAUCACUGCAGCGCACUGAAGGGAAAGAAAGAACAGAAGGGAGAGAGGUGCCCCAUCCAUCCAUCCAUCUAUCCAUCCACUGCAUGUUCCCGCAGGACUUUAUUAACGUAUGGCUGCAUGAGAGGUUUUGAGCUCUCGCGCUUUCUCUCUCCGGGACUGUUGGGUAACUGGUUCUGUCCUGAUAUCAAGCAGUUGUCAUAAUAAUAUAACCGAACUCUUCGCGUCAGGACGGGCGCAGGUGGUCAUGGAUACACCUAUCAGAUGGAAAGUAAAGCGGAGGUUUAAGGAGGUGCGGCUCUCGGUACUCCUAGUAUUCCUGAUGUUUGUCACCUCACGAGUCAGCGCAGCUGAGCCAGCCGAUCUCCUAAAGAUUUUAGAUUUUCACAGUUUGCCAGAUGGUGUAUCGAAAACUACAGGCUUCUGCACACACCGGAAGUCAUCAAAAGGGCCUGAUGUCGCCUACAAAGUCACAAAAGAUGCACAGCUUAGCGCUCCUACUAAACAACUCUACCCCUCAUCCAUGUUUCCUGAGGACUUUUCCAUCUUGGCGACGGUGAGACCAAAGAAAGGCAGUCAGUCCUUCCUGCUGUCGGUGUAUAAUGAACAGGGCAUCCAGCAGCUCGGUCUGGAGGUGGGACGCGCUCCUGUCUUCCUGUACGAGGAUCACCUGGGCAAACCCGGCCCAGAGGACUACCCGCUCUUCAGAGGCGUCAACUUGGCGGACGGAAAGUGGCACCGUGUGGCGAUCAGCGUUCACAAACAGAGCAUCACUCUGGUUUUGGACUGUAAGAAAAAGGUGACACGGACGCUAUCCAGAAGCCCUCACCCCAUCAUCGACACCAAAGGCAUCGUGGUCUUUGGGACACGUAUCCUGGAUGAGGAGGUGUUUGAGGGUGACAUCCAGCAGCUGAUGAUUGUAUCAGACCAUCGUGCUGCGUUUGACUACUGUGAGCACUACAGCCCUGACUGUGAGGUUGCUGCACCCGAACAGCCCCAGAACCAAGACCCAAACACUGAUGAAUAUAACACAGAGGAUAACUUCUAUUACGAAUAUCCAUACUAUGAGGACAUGGACGCAGAAACGACAACCGAUGAAACGACUGGAACCGAAACUGAAGACCUAACGGUGUCUGUUCCGGAUAGCGGUCGUGUGGUUUCGUCAGUUAUCACUAGUGGAACAGGAGGCUCCAGCAGUUCAUCAAGUAGCUCCUCGUCAUCCUCCUCUUCAUCAUCUUCAUCAUCCAGCUCUACCACGACUACUGGCGACGAAACGUAUGACGGCUACGACGGAUACGAGACCGGAUACGAAACAUAUUAUGACGAGACGACCUCACGGCCUGAUGGCUCCCGGACCAUCACCAUCACUAGCACAGACACAGGUGCCGGCGGAGAAGUGGAUAUGGGACUGGGAAGUGAGGUGGAUAUGGGACUGGGAGACCUGGACAGGCGGAUCAUCACAUCAUCAUCAUCAGGAGGAGGAGGAAGUGGAAGAGUACAUUCAGCCACCACAGUCAUUCACAAUGGAACCUCCAGCUCCGGUUCCGGCACCGGCUCUAGCACCAGAAUCAUUACUAGCUCCAGCUCCAGCUCUGGAGUCAAUACUGGCUCCAGCUCCAGCUCCAGCUCCAGCUCUAGAGUCAGUACUGGCUCCAGCUCCAGCUCUACCUCGGUUGAUGGUGGUUAUGAUGAUAACCUGUACGGUGAGGAUCUGACCUAUGGAGAGGGAUAUGGAGAAGGAUACGGAGAGGGAGAGUAUACCGUGGAAGGAGGCGGCGGCAGCACCAGCACUUCAGUGUCCGUAGGGGGCGGAUCUGUUUCUGUAGGGGGCGGAUCUGUUUCUGUAGGGGGCGGAUCUGUUUCUGUAGGGGGCGGAUCUGUUUCUUCGAGUGGCUCAGUUGGGGGAGGAUCCAGCAGUGCUGGGGCCAGCGUGGGGGCGGGGUCUGUUGCCACGGGAGGACAGGGGGGAAUCGGUGGAGAGACAGACUCCAUCGAUAUCGACAGCUUUAAGGAGGAGUCCAUCACGGAUUACACCGAUGCAGACCUGGAGAAGAUGUAUGAUUAUGACCAACUGUACCCUGAUGGCGACAAAGCGCUGCCCGCCGAGACUGACGAGAUCUACGGACAGGUGGAUGGACUGAGAGGAGAGAAAGGGCAAAAAGGAGAGCCUGCAAUCAUUGAACCCGGAAUGCUGGUUGAAGGCCCACCUGGUCCAGAGGGUCCCACAGGUCUCCCAGGUCCUCCAGGUUCAACGGGAUCCCCAGGUAGCCCUGGAGAUCCCGGAGAGAGGGGUCCUCCUGGUCGCUCUGGUCUGCCUGGAGCUGAUGGUCUUCCAGGACCUCCAGGGACUGUCCUGAUGUUGCCUUUCCGCAUGAGUACAGGAGGGGACAGCGGACAUAAAGGUCCUGCAGUUUCUGCCCAAGAGGCUCAGAUGCAAGCCAUCAUGCAGCAGGCCAGGCUGGCGAUGAGGGGUCCUACUGGACCGAUGGGUUUGACAGGCCGUCCUGGUCCUCUGGGGCCUCCUGGUGUGCCUGGACUGAAAGGAGAGUCUGGAGAAUCAGGACCUCAGGGUCCUCGUGGUCCAUUGGGAUCCCAUGGCCCACCUGGAAAGCCUGGCAGAAGGGGUCGACCCGGCUCAGACGGAGCUAGAGGGAUGCCUGGACAGACGGGACCAAAGGGUGACCGAGGAUUCGAUGGGCUCGCUGGUUUGCCUGGAGAAAAGGGUCACAGGGGUGAGACGGGUCCUCAGGGGCCUCCUGGGCCUCCAGGAGAGGAUGGAGAAAGAGGUGAUGAUGGUGAGGUCGGACCCAGAGGUCUGCCCGGAGAAUCGGGUCCUCGUGGUUUGUUGGGCCCCAAAGGUCCCCAAGGGCCUCCAGGACCUCCUGGUGUGACUGGUAUGGACGGACAUCACACACACACACGCAAGCGCGCACACUCACAGUCUCACACACACACACACACACACACACACACACACUUGUGCAUUUACAAACAUGCUUGUACACACACAUAUUCACUUUAUUAUGCUUCUGUUUUCACUCAUCAGGGUCCUCAGGGUGAGCCAGGACCUCCAGGACAACAAGGCAACCCCGGAGCUCAGGGACUUCCAGGUCCUCAGGGAGCGAUCGGGCCUCCAGGAGAGAAGGGUCCCACUGGAAAACCAGGCUUAUCAGGAGUGCCAGGAGCCGACGGACCUCCGGGCCAUCCAGGAAAAGAAGGACCAUCCGGAGAGAAAGGAAACUUGGGACCUCCUGGUCCUCAGGGGCCGAUCGGGUAUCCUGGCCCUCGAGGUGUAAAGGGUGCUGAUGGAGUCCGUGGGCUGAAAGGAAACAAGGGUGAAAAGGGAGAAGACGGAUUUCCGGGAUUUAAGGGAGAUAUGGGCAUCAAAGGCGACAGGGGAGAACUUGGUGCCGCCGGACCCAGAGGUGAAGAUGGGCCUGAAGGGCCCAAAGGAAGAUCUGGUUUACCUGGAGAUGCUGGACCACUCGGGCCGACCGGAGAGAAGGGUAAGCUUGGUGUACCCGGGUUGCCCGGUUAUCCAGGAAGACAAGGCCCCAAGGGUUCUCAAGGAUUCCAGGGAUUCCAAGGAACCAGUGGAGAGAAAGGCACGAGGGGGACAGCAGGGAAGCCAGGACCCCGAGGACAGAGAGGACCUACGGGACCCCGUGGUGAAAGAGGGCCGAGGGGACCAACUGGGAAAGCAGGACCAAAGGGCAACUCAGGAAGCGACGGCCCCCCAGGACCACCCGGUGAACGGGGUCCGUUAGGCGCAGCGGGACCUACUGGAUUCCCCGGCCCUAAGGGUCCACCGGGUCCUGCCGGAAAGGACGGGCUGCCCGGACACCCUGGCCAGAGAGGAGAGACUGGUUUCCAAGGUAAAACCGGACCUCCCGGACCCCCAGGUGUUGUCGGACCUCAGGGACCAACAGGUGAGACAGGACCAAUGGGAGAGCGAGGCCACCCUGGACCCCCAGGACCACCCGGUGAACAGGGUCUACCUGGAGCUGCUGGGAAAGAAGGAGCAAAGGGAGAUCCAGGUCCUGCAGGACCCACAGGUAAAGAUGGACCUCCAGGACUCAGAGGGUUCCCAGGCGAGAGAGGCUUACCAGGACCUGUGGGAUCAGCAGGUUUGAAAGGGAAUGAAGGACCUCCAGGGCCACCUGGACCCGCUGGCUCUCCUGGUGAACGUGGUGCUGCUGGCCCAGCUGGACCUACUGGCCUCCCUGGCCGACCCGGACCUCAAGGACCCCCGGGCCCCGCUGGAGAGAAAGGUGGACCUGGCGAGAAAGGACCUCAAGGCCCAGCUGGUAGAGAUGGUAUUCAGGGACCUGUGGGACUUCCAGGCCCGGCCGGACCCAUCGGAUCCCCGGGAGAGGAUGGUGAUAAGGGUGAGAUUGGAGAGCCGGGACAGAAGGGAAGCAAAGGUGACAAGGGCGAGCAGGGUCCUCCAGGUCCAGUGGGUAGCCAAGGUCCUCCGGGUCAGCCGGGUCCGGCUGGUGCUGAUGGAGAGCCAGGUCCCAGAGGUCAGCAGGGUCUGUUUGGACAGAAGGGAGAUGAGGGCUCACGAGGCUUCCCAGGACCACCCGGCCCCGUUGGCCUUCAGGGUUUGCCUGGACCCCCCGGUGAGAAGGGAGAGACUGGUGACGUCGGUCAGAUGGGUCCACCAGGCCCUCCUGGCCCCAGAGGCCCCUCCGGACCCCCAGGAGCCGAUGGACCACAGGGACCUCCAGGAGGAAUCGGCAACCCAGGAGCCGUGGGAGAAAAGGGAGACGCCGGUGAACCAGGAGAACCAGGUCUGCAAGGAGACGUCGGCCCUCCAGGUCCAAGAGGAGAGCGCGGUGAAAAGGGAGAAGCCGGACCCGCUGGUUCUGCUGGUCCCCCCGGACCAAAAGGACCACCAGGAGAUGAUGGUCCCAAAGGAAGUCCUGGUCCAAGUGGUUUCCCUGGUGAUCCUGGUCCUCCUGGAGAGCCUGGUCCACAUGGUUUGGAUGGUGCUUCUGGAGAUAAGGGUGAUGAUGGAGAGCCUGGUCAGCCGGGAUCCCCUGGACCUACUGGUGAAACUGGCCCCACUGGCCCUCCAGGAAAGAGAGGACCUCAUGGACCUGCUGGACCUGAAGGAAGACAGGGGGAGAAGGGUGCCAAGGGUGAAUCUGGUCUCCUGGGUCCACCUGGAAAGACAGGUCCAGUUGGUCCUCAGGGAAGCCCUGGAAAGCCUGGUCCCGAGGGUCUGAGAGGUGUUCCUGGACCAGUGGGAGAACAAGGACUGCCCGGUGCUCCUGGACCCGAUGGACCUCCUGGACCGAUGGGUCCUCCUGGACUGCCAGGACUGAAGGGAGAUACUGGUAUUAAAGGUGAAAAGGGUCAUCCUGGUCUCAUUGGACUCAUCGGACCUCCAGGAGAACAGGGAGAGAAGGGAGACAGAGGGCUGCCGGGUCCACAGGGAACUGCAGGACCUAAAGGAGACACUGGUAUUUCAGGGCCUGCUGGACCUAUUGGACCCAUUGGACCUCCUGGUCUCCCGGGUCCUCCUGGUCCUAAAGGUGCUAAAGGAUCAUCUGGUCAGACUGGACCGAAGGGAGAAGCUGGACAGCCGGGAGUUCCUGGACCUCCAGGUCCACCUGGUGAUGUCAUCCACCCUCUGCCUAUCCAGUCCAGCCCCAAACGGGCAAAGAGGAACAUUGACGCCAGCCAGAUGAUGGAUGACGCUGGAGACGCCAACUACAAAGACUAUGAGGACGGCAUGGAGGAGAUAUUCGGCUCUCUGAACUCUCUCAAACUGGAGAUUGAACAGAUGAAAAACCCGCUGGGCACACAGAGUAACCCCGCCCGCACCUGCAAAGACCUGCAGCUGUGCCACCCUGAUUUCCCAGAUGGUGAAUACUGGAUUGAUCCGAACCAGGGCUGCUCCAGAGACUCUUUCAAAGUGUACUGUAACUUCACAGCAGGUGGAGAGAGCUGCAUCUUCCCCGAUAAAAAGAGUGAAGGGGCCAGACUCACCUCUUGGGGGAAGGAGAGUCCAGGGUCAUGGUUCAGUGAAUUCAAACGUGGUAAACUGCUCUCGUACGUGGAUGCGGAGGGCAAUCCGAUCGGAGUGGUCCAGAUGACAUUCCUGCGUUUACUCAGUGCCACGGCUCGGCAGAACCUGACUUACAACUGUUACCAAUCAGUGGUUUGGUACGACCAGGAACUGGACUCUUACGAUAAAGCCAUCCGCUUCCUGGGCUCCAAUGAUGAGGAGAUGUCUUAUGAUAACAACCCACACAUCAGAGCCGCCGUCGACGGAUGUGCGUUGAAAAAGGGUUAUGAAAAGACUAUUCUUGAGAUCAACACACCAAAAGUGGAGCAGGUACCAUUUGUUGACAUUAUGUUCAACGAUUUCGGCGGAGCGACGCAGAAGUUCGGCUUUGAGGUCGGACCGGCCUGCUUCAUCGGCUAAGACUGCUCAGCGAGCACACGCGAGAACAAAACAUAUUCAUUUUCUCCGAAAAACAAAACACAAGAAAGAAAUAGGACGACUUAUUUGUAAAGUUUUGUGUUUCCAAACAAACCCAACAGAUACCAAAGUAAGGAUAAAAGAAUUUUGAAGAAAGAAUGGAUGUCUAAGCAAUGGGUUCUUAUAACAGAGCAACCUUUUUAACCUCAGUGUACCCUCUGCAUCACAUGCAAGUUUUGAAACUGGAUGUCUCUCCCAGCCCCGCCCACUUUACACUCAUCCUCCCACAGGCUGUAUAGACAGAUUAGAUCCAUCCUUUUAUUUCCCGCCUGUUCAUGGACUUGUAGCUCUUUGCACGUCCGGCUCGGCAUUUCUCGUACGAGAAAACUUUUCCAUUGGUUUGUUUGCUUGGGUUUUAUGUUGUUCCUCUUUCUACUUCUAAGCUUUGUUUUUUUUUGUGCAUACUUGUCUUCCAUUCCCUGGAAUGGUGAUUAUAUAUAUAAAUAUAUAUAAAUAUUUUUUUUCUAUGUUUGUAAGUACUUUCUGUAUAUUUUUUUCUGGUGAAGUGAUUUUUUUUUUUUUUGGUUCUGGCUUCAAAACAUGCAUGUGAACCCAUUGAGCGAUAAGGACAGAGCUGCUGGUUAUUGGAAAACACUUUUAAAAAAAAAUAAAAUAACCCCCCAAAUAAGAGCCUGAGGAAAUUUCCAGUGAAUCUAAAGAAGAGAAAAUAAAGGAAAUGAUUAAAAUGCGACAAAAAAGCAACUGCAACAGCAACUAAAUGUCUUAUUCCAGAUGUGAACAACAUCUUUUUGUAAUUUAAAGAACAACAAUAAAAGUAAGAAACAGCCGUAAUGUGAGCAUUAAUUUGCUACCUGUCGUGUUGAAGUGGCUUCCAUGGGUCUGUGAGAUCGCGACCUGUGUGCAUGAGGGGAAUCUUUGAUCUGACGUUCAUGAAUUUGUGCUUCCCUGUAUCAGAAGAGCACACAUCACACUGAGGAAACACAAUAUCGGUAAACUAGGUGCUAUUUCCUUCUGUCUGUGGUGCUACAAAUAUAUACCUUUUUUCCUGUACUUGUUUGUUGUAAUUGAAAACGGCUCUGCAGUGAUGCCCAAGCGGUUCCACGUCUUCUGUCAAAGUCCUAGCUUUGCUUCCCGAGGUGGGGAAGUGUUUUUAUGCAUGCCGUAAAAUCAUAUUCAUUUAUAGAUGAGAACACGUUUUUCUUCUGUUAUCAUUCCUCACCACGUUUGACAAUGUCCAGAUUAUUAGUAUUACAUGGAGAUAAUUUAUGUACUUUUAUGGUCCUCCAAAGGCUUUAGCUCAAAGUUUACAUUACAAUGUCUAUUUCCAUGAUCUGAAAUGGUUAAACAGAGCACAAUUACUGUUAAUGCUGUUGUGAUUAACAUGGACCCUGUAAUGUAAAGUGUUACUCUAGUUAACAGAAGCGAGAGCUGUUGCAUUGGAAAUAAAACGCCUUUUCACGUACUAAAACCGCUCCGGAGAAUUAGUCUUGGGACCUUUUCAUUAGAUCUUUUUGGAGGGUUCUGUGAAUAUUUUAACCAAAACGCUUAGAGGAAUGAAUAGUUAACUUGACUGCCUAUUUCAGCUUUCCUUCCAAAGAGAUUUCUCUUCAUUUAAGAGACUUGAAGACCAAGAAUCAGAUUGUCUUGUGUGAUAAUUCAAGUAUGUUGUACAUUACAAAAUUGUGCUAGCGUAUAUUCCUUCACCUGUCAGAAUUUGUUGUCAUUGACUAGAGCCAUCUUUUUAUUCAUCUAUCAUCUUUUGCCACUAGACCUUUUCCUGCACUCGUUUGUUCUGCUUUUUGAACACUAGUCCUGCUACUGCAAAAUCUUGCUCUAAUUUUUAAUUAAAUAUGACUUGAACUGUUUCUUUUAAGAGGAUUCAACAUGGAAUAUGCAGUUUUGACACAACUUUUUCAGUACAAAACAAAUUCAACCGAUUCUUCUGUAAAUUUCAAAACCAGCAGUAAUGCUGCCAAUAAAGUUUAUUCUGUUUUUUUUUUUUUUUUUUUUGUAAUGUUUGUUUGUUUUUGCGGUCGUGUCAAACCUGUGUACGAGAAGAUAGAAGAGAUAUUGGUUUUGUGUCAAUAAAUUCAGGUUUACUGUGUCCACCCACCCUUGUAUGUCUUUUGAAGCAUUAAAACUUUCCUGUAUGCAUGAAAUUGUUAAGCUUUCUCUUGAUGUUUCUUCCCACAGCCACAUUUUUUUUUAUCAGCCGUAUGAUACAUCCUCUCAGUGCUCCGAUGAAAACAGGCCUGUCCUUCAUUGUGAAAUGGAGAGAGAGCGAUGUUUGUUGUAACUCUCUACCAAAGCCCAUGUUCUCUGUAGUAUAUUUAUUGUAUUAUUUAAAAAUAAUAAAUGUUAAUUGAUACCA